AUGUCAUUACCGCGCUGUUUGUCGCGUGAUUUUUUUUCUACGUUGGCAGAGUCAGUAGGCAAAGCAAAUGAGCAGUAUUUUCAGGAGGUCCAUGAGACUCCCAAUCCUAUUAAGCUUCUUUGUCUUCAACAAUCAUGUAUUGCCGACAACAAAUACUUGAUCGAAACACUGGAUGGUUCUGUUCCAGUUGAGUUUAAGCACACAUGUCUAGCGUUGGUACCACCUACGAUCGAUGGCGAUCGCCAAUUAGUUGGAAAAGUUAUUAGUUUCACUCAAUAUAAAAUCGCACCUACAAAAUCUCGUUACUUGAUUGUAUUGACAAGAAUUACCAUAAUUCCAGGGGAUUACAGACACUUAAUUGGACACCUAAUACCUGCACUUGUUUAUCACCCAAAGCUGGCUGUGCCUCAGGAUCCUCAGAACAUACAUGAUAUGAAACAAGAGAAGCUUGUUAUGCCAUCAUCUGGACCCAUUAGAAAGCCUCAGGAACAGCCAAGAACUGUAAAAGCAGUUUCAGGUCCCUAUGAUUCUUCCAAAGGUGCAGGGAAAAAGACGGAUAUAUCACCGGUUAAAAUCACAGAUUUAACUUUGUACACACCAAAGUGGCUUAUACAUGCAAGGGUUGUUUACAAAACGGAGAUUCGCAAGUUCAAUAACCAAAGAGGAGAAAGCCAACUUUUUUCAGCAGAUUUAUGUGAUGCUCACGGGGAGAUCAGGGCUAUAUUUUUUGGAGAAGCAGUCACAAAAUGGUAUUCAUUUUUAGAAGAGGGACAGGUGUACUCUAUAAGCGGUGGUCAGCUCAAACCUGCUAAUAAGAGGUUUAAUGCUCUAAAACAUUCGUGUGAAAUGAUUUUGGAUGAAAAUUCACACAUCCAAUUGUUUCAAAACGAUGAUAAAAUACCCUCAAUUUGCUGCACAUUUACACCCCUUAAUCAGCUUGACGACAUUAAAAUUGGUGAAUCAAUAGAUGUCAUUGGUGUUGUGGUAAAAACCAAUGAUUCGCAGUCAAUUCAGCAAAAGGGAACGGGAAAUGUCAUUGAGAAAAAAGAUGUAUUUAUAGUGGAUUCAACGAGAACAACUAUUUGUUUAACUCUUUGGGGAAAUAAAACCCAGGCACUAAAUGGUAAAGGGUCAGAUUCGCACCCCGUUAUCUGUUUAAAAGGGGUAAAAGUUAACAGCUGGCAAGGUAAAAAAUUGGAUGCUCAAGGCUCCACUCAGAUAACCAUUGAACCUGUUAUCCCAGAGGCCCUUGAAUUACGGAAAUGGUGGACUAACGUUAAAGGAAAAAGAAUAAUUGAUAGUCCAUUUAAUGAGUUAUGUACAUUAUCACAUAUUGUAUCAGCUACAAAUCAGGCACUGCAGUUCAAGUGUAAGUUCGAUACAGUUUUAACUUUGUUUUUAGCCAUUGAUUCGAAUGGAAUGGUUUUCACAACUAGAGCGUUAAUUGAAAUUCUUAGGGACAAUAGCUUUUCUUGGCCCGCUUGCCCCGGUUGUCGUAAAAGGAUGGUGAAUGAAGGAGAUAGAUGGAACUGCACACGUUGUAACAGCAGUUCGUCUCCGAUACACUUGUACAUGUUGACAUUGAAAAUUGUCGAUGGUACAUCUCAUCUUUGGGUUACGGCCUUCACUGGUGUUGGAGAGAGUAUAAUGAAUGGAGUAAAAGCUUUCGAAGCGGUCACUUUGGCCGAAAAGGGAGGGGUGGAUGCCAAUGGAAGAAACUUUUCUAACCUCUUUGAAGAGGCAAGACUUUCAGAGUUCGUUUUUAAAAUAAAGGCCACCGUAGAGAACUUCAUGGACGAGCCAAAGAUCAAAUACGUGAGUUUUCCACACAUAAAUCUAAAUCAAUCACAGAAAAUCAUCAAGGCUACGCCCUUACACCGGGAUAUAAAGUUUGUAAUAAAUGACCGAAUUAAAGGUAUCAAGAAGCUCAUGGCCUCAUAA